UCAUGCUGCUGCCAGGUCCAGAGUGUGUCAUGGGUCCCUGUACGGCCUCCCAUUGCUGCUGUCUCCAUCGCCACACUCUGCCAUGUGCCACUUUCAGGUCUCCUCACACUGCUGGUGGGUUCCAUUUUGUCAUAGGGUGCUGGCAGAUUACGGGCCUCCCAUUGCUGCUGCCAGGCCCGUAAUCUGUCAUGGGCCCCUGUACCGCCUCCUCAUGCUGCUGCCAGGUCCAGAGUGUGUCAUGGGUCCCUGUACGGCCUCCCAUUGCUGCUGUCUCCAUCGCCACACUCUGCCAUGUGCCACUUUCAGGUCUCCUCACACUGCUGGUGGGUUCCAUUUUGUCAUAGGGUGCUGUAUGGCCUCCCAUUGCUGCUGCCUCCACCGCCACACUGUGGCUCCACACUCUGGUUUUGGCCCCGUGACUGCCCAAAUGAGUGAAGUGUGCGGUGAUUCUAAGAUCGACGGCACUCAUCUGCAUGUCAUACUG